UUGCGCUACACGCCUCGUGUUCCCCGGGGGAGACCUUUGGGCGUGCGCAGGGGCCCUUCCCUCGCUUCCGCUCUUAGUUCCCUGCCCCGCCCGCGCCGCGCUGGUCUUGGCCGAUUGACCCGUCCUUUGGCGGCUAUGGUAGGGAAAGCGCGGAAGCGGCCGCGGUUGCAUCAGGCCGCGCCGAGAUCAGACCGUCCGCGUCCGGGCGGAGGGGAAGAGCAGCUGCCCGCGGAUGCCUCCGCCCGCAGCGCCUUCACAGGAAAGGAUCAGGCAUUUUUCACCUCAAAUGUAUUCGCUGGGGUGAAGAUUGAUCCAAAAGCACUGGUGAAGAAGUUAAACACUGGUUCAGAAAGCAUUGCUUCAGUCAUAAAAGGUGAAGAUGAAAAGAUUCUUCUGUCUAAGAAAGAAAAAAUGAAGCUGCGAAAGGACAGAUGGAUGCAGAAAAUAGAAAGCAUUAAGGUAGCAAAACAACAACAAAUAGCUGAGUCCAGGCGUAAAGCUACCCCAGUUGUUGGAGAUAUGCAGCCACUGAUGGAUGCUCUGCCUGAGCUCUCAGACCUGGUAACAGUCAGCAAGUUCUGCAGAGAACAUAAAACUCAGGUGAAGAAGGUGGUGCAGACAGAUUUCAGCCAGAUGAGACCUGCCCAGAAACACAAAGUCUUAGUGGAAGAAGUAGUGCAGUUUCACAAGACCAUAUCAAAUCCUUUGUUCAAAGCCAACCCUCUGAUCGUUAUUGGUGAACAUCUUUCCAAGAGACUGAAGCAGGAGCGAGAGGGAGAGCCACUCUAGUGGCGUCACUGGGGCUGUUUGAGAGCACAAGAGACUGGAGCCUCGCAAUGGACUUACAUGCCCAGUCAGGCACAUACGUUUCAAGAAUCCACAGGAUUAUGACAUCCAGUGUCCUUGUUUUCUGUUAACAAAAAUAAUGCUGACAACACUGAUGAUUAUACUGCUAGUAUAACCUGUCUACUGUUUUGCUAGACACUCUUAGAGAGUUCUGAGGAUCAAUAACUGUUCUCAACAAUACGUUUAUUGCUCAAUCCACUGAUCAUUGCAACACAUACAAACUUGACAUUUUGAACUGUUCUCAUUUCCAGCUGUGUCCUAAAUCACACAACACAUGUUGCUUCUUUUCCCUCUCUCUGUAGUUCCUAUAAAAGAAGUUCUUAACUAUCAUCUCCACUACGAGUAUCAAAGUAUUGGAUUCAUUUUCCUGCUUCAUAUUUAAUAAUAGUUAAGGAAGUUGUUCUUUCCUGUUUCCAUGAUCAGUUAAAUUUUUAAAAUUAAAAUAUGGCGAGGAACCCUAAUUAGAGAUCCUGCUUUUUUGAAUGCACACUUUGUUUACAAGUGGAAAAUUAGAUUGACUUUUGUAAGCUGAUCUUGAACGACGUAAUGCACAAGAUAUGCAAAGAAUGCCACAAUGCUCGAGAGAUGCAUUAGAAUAAACAUUAGCAGGUGUAAAAUCAUGAAGGCAAAACCAUAAAACAAGUCUGAAAUGCCUUGAGAGGCAGUUCCGCAUACAAAGCAUUUCAGUAGUCAUUUUUGGAUGUUACCAGGGGAUGGAUAGUGGUGGUGGCCAAGGUAUCUAUCUAGGAAGGCCCACAGCUGGUUCGCCAGCCUAAGCUGGUGUGUGCUUUGUGAACAAAAAGAACCACAACAGGCGACCACCAGAGGAAUAAAGUUAAACCAGUAAAGUAAUUUUUAUUCAAAUUUGUACAUAUUAAACCAGUCAAUACAUUGAACUAGGGCCCCAUUAGUAGAGAGAGUAAUAUGCCAUCAAAACAAUUCACAAUUCACAUACAUAAACAGUAUAUCUAGACCAAAUCAGUCAAAGUAAUUAAACAUGGUUUUAAAGACCACAUUAACAAAGUUCAUGAUAUUCCUUGUUUCGAAGAUUUCUUUUUCAAAACGUUGGUCUUAAUAAAUCCAAAGCAUUGGUCUUAGUAAUCUGUAAAAGAUAACAGUCCCAAAAUAAACAAAUUUGGUUAGAGCUUUUCCGCAGUACCUUAUCUCAUUCAUUUACUUGGCCUCGUUCCCAAGGUAAGGACACCGAAAUUAUUUUGUUGCAGAUAAACUUACCACCAGCCGGCAGUGAAAUGCUCUCACAAUCUCGUUUUAUUUAGUUUGUUUACACUCGUCCUGCAUAUCACUGACUCUGGGCACCUGGUCAGUUGUCAGCACUUCCACACAGCCUUGCCAAGAGCUUGGUGUUAUCAGCAUAAUAAUGAUGCCUGAUUAUAGAUCUCCAGAUAACCUGACUCAGUGGUUUCAUUGUUUCCUUUUUUCAAAUGCCUGUAGGAUUCUGGUUCCCUUAGAAAAUGUUUUUAUACCAUGAGAUUGUAUAUGCAGAUGUUUAAUUUCAACCCCUCCCUACUUAUGCCUAGAAUCUUCCUUAGCAACAGGAAGUUUCUUUAAAUGUCUAAACAUCCAACAUGUAUUUAGCUCCUUUUUGUAGAGAUUUCAGGACUACUUUAAGUAAAAUCACUUUUUAAUGUGUAUUUUAUAUCAUGGUUUUAUACUGUUUGUUUUAUACGUUGAGUGGUUUUAGUUUUUGUGAACCGCCCAGGGAGCUUCGGCUGUUGGGCGGUAUAAAAAUGCAAUAAUAAAUAAAUAAAUAUUCAGUAGUGACAAGUCAA